AUGACUAAGAAUUUUGAAGAUAAACUAGGCCAAGGGAGCUUCGGUUCUGUUUACAAAGGAAAGCUUCGAAGUGGCCAUCUUGUAGCAGUCAAAUUACUUGGAAAAUCCGGAGCAUAUGGGCAAGACUUCAUCAAUGAAAUAACAACUAUUGGAUCCAAGCAUGCCCUCAUUUUCGAUUUCAUGCCAAAUGGUUCCCUUGACAAGCACAUCUUCAACCGAGAAAAAACAUCACCAAUGGAUUGGGAAAUGAAAUUUAAAAUUGCAGUUGGAGUGGCUCGAGGGAUUAAGUAUUUGCACCAUGGUUGUGACUUCCGGAUCUUGCAUUUUGACAUCAAACCUCACAAUAUACUUCUUGAUGAUAAUUUUGUUCCAAAAAUAUCAGAUUUUGGGCUGGCAAAAUUAUGCGCCACAAAUAAGGAGGCAGUGACAUUGACGGCCGCUAGAGGAACCAUAUGGUAUGUUGCUCCUGAACUUAUUAAUAGAAGUAUUGGUAGAGUGUCUUACAAGGCUGAUGUGUAUAGUUUUAGAAUGUUGUUGAUGGAAAUGGUGAGCUUAAACAAGCACUUGACACGAAAUAAUGAUGAAUCUAGUAAGUAUUUCCCAAACUGGAUAUACGACCACUUGAGCCAAGGUAGGGGACAUUGA